AUGUCGCAGACCACGGCCGACACCGACAUGCCCGGGGACUUCCAGCCGGAAACUCAGUCUGUCGAGGCUGCAACGUCUACCAAAGACUUCGCGCCCACUCCCGUGGACUCAGAGUAUGCGCGAGCGAAGGAUUGGCUCAUUCUGCUGCAAACGGAUCUGCAGAGCUUCUCUGACGCGGCCAUCAAGCGGAUGGGGGCUGCACUGACUGCCUGGCAGAAGCUCGACACCAAUCUUACCGUAUGGGAAGGUGACACGACUCAGGGCAAUGUCAGUAUACCCGACCCAAGCGAAGUGAACAAGCAAGUCGGUAACUGGGCCUUCAUGGUGCAUGACACCCGCGAGUCGAUGUGCAAACUCCUGUGUCUUCUCUCUGACCUGCUCGAGGAUGCCUCUCGGGUGGCAGAAAGCACGAACGAUAUCCUACGAUGUCAGACAGAGCUUUCGAGGUGGGUUGCGGGGGCAAGUCUCGGAUCAAAGACAUGCGCACAGCAUGGCCAUGGGAAGACGCAUGGCAAGCCGCUCUACGCGGACAAGAUCGCCGCGCUUUCGACUCGCCCUAGCGAGAUGCAGGAGAAGUCGGAGCCCGGCAAUCUGCAUGGGGGACUCCAGGGGAUGUUCAAAUUCGAUCUCCAAAACCGCACCUUUCCAGCUGUCAUGGAAAGCAACUUCGAGGCGGUCAAGCACUCGCAGUCGACAUUCCUCACUCUCAAGGAGAACCUCGACUAUCACUUUGGCCGAGUCCGGAAUGUCUCAAUCGGUCCCAAGGGUAUCAGCGUCGGCUCUGAUGAGGUCGGAGAUAUCGAGCCACUGUCGGCCAAAGGAUACCUGUCGGCCGGCGUGCAGUCCCUCCUACCACCAACUUUGGACAUGCUGAAUUCCUUCAUCGCAUACUACAGCGACUAUCAAGAUCGCGUGAUGAAGGUAUCGGAUCACUUGGCCAAGGUACGCGCUGACAGGCGAUCUCUCAUCGAAGCUGCGAAGGAGGGAACCACCAGUGCUUGCGCUUCAGGCGGGAUGUGA